GGAAUACAUGAACUUGAAUAGUUUUAGUGUGUUGAUUAUCUUUGAGUAUGAUGUUGAAUACUUAUUAAAAAUUGUUCAUAGUGAAAUCAGUUUCAGUUGGGAAUUGUUCCGGUUCACAUUAGCGCAAUGCCUGAGAAAGUUAUUUUAGCAUAUUCCGGUGGUUUAGAUACAUCUUGUAUUCUAAAAUGGUUGUUGGAAAAAGGUUAUGAAGUCAUUUGUUUGAUGGCCGAUGUUGGGCAGGAGGAAGAUUUUGAGGCGGCUAAACAGAAAGCCCUAAGAAUCGGAGCUACGGAUGUAAUCGUUAAGGAUGUGAAGGAAUCCUUUGUUAAAAACUACAUAUGGCCAGCCGUACAAAUGGGUUUGAUAUAUGAGGAACGUUAUUUAUUGGGAACAUCCUUGGCAAGGCCAUGCAUAGCGGUGGCUUUAAUCGAAGCAGCUAAGCAAUACAAUGCCAAAUACUUGUCACACGGUGCCACAGGAAAGGGCAAUGACCAAGUAAGAUUUGAGUUGUGUGCUUUUGCUCUAAUGCCAGAGAUUAAGAUCAUAGCACCCUGGAGAGAUGAUGAAUUCUGUAAACGUUUCCAAGGUCGUUUGGAUUUAAUUGAAUACGCUAAAUUACACAACAUACCGGUAACGGCUAAACCAUCUACACCUUGGAGUACUGACGCCAACGUUCUACAUAUAAGUUACGAAUCGGGAGUUCUAGAAGAUCCCAAUCAUAUUGCUCCUGGUUCACUCUACGAAAUGACUAAAGACCCUUUAACUCAGGCACCCAAGACACCAGUAAGAGUAAAAAUAACUUUUGAAAAGGGAUUGCCGGUGAAAUUGAACGACAAGGAACAAGCGCCGUUAGAAAUGCUUAAGUAUUUGAAUAAUAUAGCCGGAUCUUAUGGCAUCGGUCGUAUUGAUAUUGUCGAGAAUCGCUAUGUGGGCCUAAAAUCCCGAGGCGUUUACGAAACUCCCGGCGGAACUGUACUCUUUCAAGCUCAUCAAGACUUGGAAGUAUUUUGUUUAGAUAAAGAGGUUUUGCGCUGCAAACAAUAUCUGAGAGACCGCAUGACCGAUUACGUUUAUAAUGGAUUUUGGUUUAGCCCUGAGGCAAAUUAUGUUCGUCAGUGCAUAGAAUUGUCACAGGCCAACGUUUCCGGCCAUGUAACUAUUGAGUUGAGGCCUGGCUAUUGUCAAGCCAUAUCUAGGGAAUCUUUAUGUUUGGAAAAAUCACUGUAUAAUCAAGAAUUGGUCUCUAUGGAUGUUCAUGGCGAUUAUGUGCCACGAGAUGCAACUGGUUUUAUAGCUAUAAAUGCAGUACGUCUACGCGAACAUGUUAGAGCUUUUGGACCUUAUGAAAUCAAAAAAUAAAUGAAUGAUGUGUAAAAAUUACUUUAAUAAAACAAAUCAUUUAAUUAUAA